AUGGUCGUAAAUCGUAUAUAUGCUUUCGUAGCAACUGCCAACGGCCUCUCCCUGCGAAAAAAGGAGAAAGGCAAGGAACGAGUUUUGAGUUUAAUGAAUUUCUCCCUGAAGCUGCGACGUUUCCCCGCUCCGUCGACAGUGAAGCGCCGAAGGAACGUUCCUCUCAUUCCCACCGUCGCCAUUCUUCUCAGGUACUCACUUCGUCCUUUCUCUCUCUCUGUCUCUUUCUCUCUCUCCCGGAGGAAUCAGGAAGCAAUUGCUGGCUUAGGGACAUCGAAGCAGAAGAAAGAAACAAUGGGGUCAAGAAACACUGAUUCGUUUCAACUGGGGAGGAGCCCCUCCAUCAAGUCAUGCUUCCCCGACACAAAAUCGACGGAGGGUUCAGAGUACAGAUCCGAUCUUAGGUCGGCCCUCCACCUCAAGUCGUAUUCCUGCGAUGUGAGGGAUCUCUCUUUCCCAAACUUCUCUCCCAUGUCUUCCCUGCCUCCACAUCGCUCCUCUAAUGUCGUAAUGUAUGACAACGCACUCUACACCAAUAAUCGGGCCCCAAAUUUGGAGCCCUCGGGUUCGCCUUUCUCAGGGGUACGGCGAAGCCUGGACAUUAAUCACCCUCGCGCUUCCCCUGCUCGGACCUCCGGGGAAUGCAAGGUCGCUGGGUUCGACCCUCUCCUGACGUUGCAGGCCUCUAAUGAGAAUUCAGCGCUAGAGAUGACGGCUCCAAGUGACAACAAAUAUGCAGAUGGAGCCAAGUUAGCCUUAGGGGACAAAAGAUUCAAGGGCUAUCCUAGGCACGUUCCGCUUUACCUUGCUGCGCUUAAAGGCGAUUGGAAGACGGCUAAGGCUUACCUGCAAUGGCACCCCACGUCGAUUCGUGCUUACAUCACAAGGGGGCUAGAAACUGCGCUUCACAUUGCAGCUGGCGCGAGGCACAUUGUGUUUGUUAGGAAGCUGGUUAAGAGGAUGACGGCAGAUGACUUGGCCCUGCAGAACAAGGUAGGGAACACGGCGCUGUGUUUCGCUGCAGUCGCUGGUGUCACGGAGAUCGCCAAAGUGUUGGUGAACAAGAACAGAAGCUUGCCACUACUUAGAGGCAGUAAAGGAGCGACGCCGCUCUACAUGGCUGUGCUCUUGGGGAAAAGAGAUGUGGCUUGGUAUCUUUAUUCUGUUACAGAAGACAGUGCUCUUUCUGGAGAGGAUCGAAUUGGACUUCUUGUGGCUGCUAUCACAUCCGAUCUAUUUGAUCUAGCUUUGGCACUGCUCCGUAACCAUCCUGAAUUAGCUACAACUCGAGAUGCAAAUGGCGAAUCAGCUCUUCAUGUGUUGUGCCGAAAGCCAGGUGCAUUUUACAGUGGAACUCAAUUGGGCCUUUGGAGGAGAUGCAUCUAUUCAUGUAUCCAGGUGCCAUUUAUGGGGUCCUCUGGUUCUAUGCAAGAUGAUCGUCUAGGCCGACGUAUUCUCCGAGUUUUGCUUCCUCUUUUGACAUCACUAACUGUUAUCUUCUUUGUGAUGGCAUUACUAACAACACCAGCGAUAGGAAGAAGUGUCGCUCAUCUUGUCCCAGAUGCAAAUUUGAUAUACUACAUGAAGCUCAGUCACACUCAAGCCCUUGAGCUGGCAAAGCGACUUUGGGAUCUGAUAUUGCAUCUAGACAAUGCGAGUGUUAAAGAGUUCAUCAGGACACCCACACGGCUGCUUUUCACAGCUGCAGAGCUCGGAAUGGUAGAGUUCUUAACCAUUCUGAUUCGCUCCUAUCCUGACCUGAUUUGGAAGGUUGACGAACAUUCUAGAAGCAUAUUCCACACGGCAGUGGUGCAUCGACAAGAAAAGGUCUUCAGUCUUAUCAAUGAGAUAGGAGCACUGAAGGACUUUAUAGCUAUUUAUAAGGAUGAAGAGAACAAUAACAUGUUGCACUUGGCUGGGAAGCUUCCCCAUCCAAGUCGACUGAACACAGACAAUGGUGCAGCUUUGCAGUUGCGACGUGAGAUAUUAUGGUUCAAGGAAGUGGAGAAAAUUGUGCAACCGCUAUAUAGCGAGAUGAAGAAUGCAGAUGGGAAAACUCCUCACGAUCUGUUUGCAACGGAACACAAGAAACUGGCAAGAGAUGGGGAGAAGUGGAUGAAGGAAACUGCAUCUUCCUGCAUGGUCGUCGCAACCCUCAUCACCACCAUGAUGUUUGCAGCGGCUUUCACUGUUCCUGGUGGAAACGACCAGGAUACAGGCAUGCCCCUUCACCUCCACACCAAGUCGUUCUUGAUCUUUGUUAUAUCCGAUGCACUUGCUUUGGUCUCUUCGGCGACAUCCAUCUUGAUAUUCCUGUCCAUGCUGACCUCACGAUAUGCUGAAGAGGACUUCCUCUCCUCGUUACCAAACAAGCUGCUCACCGGGCUUCUCACCCUUUUCAUCUCCAUCGCCACCAUGAUGAUGGCCUUCAGCUCCACCCUUUUCAUGACCCUUGGCUAUAGUUAUACAUGGACUACUGUGACCAUCACAACCGUUGCUUGUGUCCCUGUCUUGAUGUAUGCUUUCCUGCAAUUCCGUCUCGUCGCUGACAUCAUUAGUCAUUCUUAUACCACCAGUAUCUUCUUCCACCCUAGAAACUGUUUGCUGGGCUGAUAAGAGAAAACAAUCAGCACCAUUUUUUAACAUCGCCCAUCAAAUAUGACCAUCAUUGUAAAGGUUUAUACAAUGUAUAUAACAAUUUUGAUACAAGUACAUAGAGACACAAAUUCAGCCGAGUCAUGGUGUUCAUCUUCCUUUCUUUGCUCCAAACAACAUCUUUUGCACACAAGAAAUUCAAGGCUUCCAUUAAGCUCCGAUUCUCUUUCUGAUCCAGCUUCAUUUGGUGUUCUUCUAAGCGAAGCUUCCAUCUUCUCUUAAUGCUUACAGGCUAUAAGCUCUAUAAUCAAGUAAACUCCUUGCUGCCUUUCAAGCUUCAAACUCAAGCUUACACCUUCUCAGAGCUCCUUUUUGGCUUCAAAUUUCUGACUUUCUUGUUUCUUCCACAGCUUCGUCUCCUCC